AAAUACAGAAAACAUGAGUACUAGUACUGAUGAGUCUGACGGAGAUGGAGAUAACUAUACUACACUAAGAGAGUGCUUUGAAAAACCUUGCACCAAACUUUUACGCAACAUUUUGAGACUGAAGUUCAGUCGAUUUGAGGAACUCAAAGAGGUGAUUCCUUUGGAAAAUUUAUCCGAUGGAUUAAAAUCUGCUUUAGAAAGGCUGAACCGAAUAAAACAAUUAAAUUUCCCGAUUCUUUGUGAAAUAUUUCGUUUAGGGGUCUGUGAACGAUUUUUUGGUCCCCCAGCCAUUGGUUGGUAUUCGACAGAAAUAAUUCCAGAGGAGUUUAAUGGAGUAUCAGACGAUAUCCAAAGAAUAUGGAAGAUAUGGAAGGAGAAUAUAGAAAACAAUGUGAAUUUUACAGUUUCAGAUAACGACAGCAACAAAGCAUUUACUAUAUUGAAGGAUAUAGGGGAAAGGAUGCGUCAUCAUCAGGAUUUUAAAGAAUUUGGUCAGGGUUUCUACAAAGAAAUUUGUUUGGCAAGAAAAGGCAGCAUAGAAGAACUGCAUUUCAAUGCUAUUCAAGCGGGUGAUGGAAAUACUAUGAAAAUGAAUAUUGAUUCUUCGUUCAAAGGGCAAGUUAAUGUUGCGCAAGGGGGAACCAACAAUACAUUUAUAUUGUACCUGUUAAAAGACAAUCGACUCGGAGGCCUAGAGUACAAAUCCACAGGAUAUGUCCAAGCUACAGCUGUUCUUCACUCAGACGAUCCCGCAUUCCAAGAGUUAACAGAAAACGCAAGUGGCCUGAGCAUCGAGGAAAUUAACGAACUCCCUGCUUUAAAAGACAACAACGUUUCUAUCAAUGAAAUUAAACGUGGGAGUCUAGUGAUAUCAUUUAUGUACAAUAAUAAAGAUACAUUGGAAAAAAAUCUCGACAGGAUAUUCCAGGGUAUUUUUACAAAAGAAAAGAUAGAGGAAGUUUUUAGGAGGCAUCAGGUCCAAAAUGUGACAGUAAAAGGAUAUAUUUAUGAUCAUCUGGACUACUAUCUUGAUUAUGUUCCAAAAGAACUAAUUCACUCAGGAGGUUUAGCAAAGGUCCACUGGUAUUCACAUUUGACAUGGAAAUUUGCUGAGUGUACAUGCGAUGUCGACGUCAUUCUAAGUGAUUUACUGCAUAAUCUCUUACUCUAUGAUGUCACAACAGAAGCAAAUGACAACAUUUGGAUCAUGAUAAAAGGUAGCAUUAUCAGUCCAGAUGAUGUGGACUUUUCAUUGAUCGAGCGUUUGUUGGUUGUAAAUGUGGAUUCCAAGAUUAAACGCAUCAACGACGAAUUAAAUAAAUUAGGACAAUGUGAAAUUCAGUACAUUACUCAAAAGAAAAAGACGAUACAUAUGGUUUUGAAAGUAAACGAUUGUCUUAGCUAUUCCGAUAUAUUAGCAGAAGAAGGAAUUCUUCUUCCUAUCCUGAAAGCAAUCUUGUGGUCUGAGGAGAGUCACGAUUUCAUUUCAAAAGUUCAACUAAUGAGGAUUGGCCUGAUUAUUGACACAAAGUGGACACAGAACCAAUCAGUUCAGACAAGUCACUCCUUGAUCAUUGAGUUCUGUCCGGAAUCGAACAUAACAAAGGCCAUCAACAACGGUGUCUUCAAAGACAUUCUCACAGCUGUUUUAGAGAAGAGUGAAAGUCCCAGUGUUGAAAUGCCAAACAGAAUGAAAAUAAAAGUAGAUAUCAAUGGAGUAAGAGAGCCAAGUCAUGACGAAAAAACUUACGAAAAAGAGAGGAUUCAGCGCAGAAAAUGUGACAAUGUCCAAGAGGAGCCUACCUCUUUCAUAUAUUAUAGUUCUAAAGAAGAUUCAGCAGUUGAAUCAGACGAAGAAUACCUAGAGAAACCACACAAACUGAUUUCUUAUCAAGAUCCAGAGUAUGAUCAUUUGUAUUCAGAAUCCACUGACAGUGGUUUCGAGCUCUUGGAAGACAGAUCUUUUUCAGGAAUAUAUUCAAGAACAAAUAGCAGUGUAUUCUCCAACAUAAAUAUCGAUUUUGUCAUUAAUGGACUUGAAUUAUCAGAAAAAUGUGAAGACGAUUUUCGACACAAAAGAAAACCUAUGUUUCAUUAUGAUACAACAGUACCAGAGAAAACCCUUCAACGUUAUUUGGAUGAUAAUCCGAAUAAGUAUAAACUUUGUAGUUUACAUAUAGAGUCUGCACAUAAAGCGGUGUGUACAAAUUUAAACUUUGCUGAUGAAAUCAAAGAAAUUCAUAUAUCUGGAAGAUCAAAAUGUGGUAAAUCUUAUGCUGAUGAUGAGGUGGUUGUAGAAAUUCUAGGAGAAUCAAAGAUUCGAAAAUAUGAAAGAAAACGGAGAAAUAUUGAGUCUCAAACUAGAGAUACGAACAUUUAUGGUAGAAUUCUGGGGACAGUAAAGCGAAAUCGGUAUAAAAAUAUGAGACAUCCGGUUUUAGUGUGUGCAUUUGAUGAUUUUGGACACCACAUGCUUAAACCGCUAUGCAAAACGGUACCAAAAAUCCAAGCCUCGCAUAAGUAUUGUAAAGGUAAAACUCAGUUUGACUUGUUUACCUAUGAUAAAUACAACAAAAACUUAAGUUACAAAGAAAUCUUAAAAAUAGACCACGCUAAUAGGAAAUCGUAUUGUUUCCUUGUUGCCAUUAUGCACUGGGAGGACAUGUACCCAUUUGGAGUUGUCUUAAGCAGUACAUACACGAGGAAUGACCCACAGUCAGGAAUUGAUAUUCUGAGACUUCAGUAUCAAAUUCCAGAUAAAUUUACCGACAUGGCCAAUCGUAUAGCAUCCCAUUUACAACAAAUUGAUGUAAAAACACGAUCAAAAACAAGAUCGAAAGGUGUAGUCCCUGUCUUUGCUAUCUCCAUCGAAGAAAAUAUAACUGAAAUUGCGUUCAGUGUUGAAAAAAUAUCUGAUCUUCUGCAUAGAAUAGAAAUCCAUAUUGUAGACCCAGCAAGAUUUAUCAAAAAGGGUGAUGGUUUGGAUAAGGAAAUAAGGAGACGUGGCGCGCAAUUCGAUAUCUAUAAAAAUUAUCAGUCUUUGAUGAUUCCAGAGCAACUAUGUGAUAUUAUUGAAUUUAAAUUAGAUGAAGACAGACACGCAAAAACAUUGUCAUUUACAGCAAAUUCACAGUCCGAUGUGGAUACUGACAGUUUUACACUAAGGAAAUCAAUUGUUGUGUGUCAGAAAGUUUAUGAUAUUGAAUCUGUCAAUGAUGUGCUAGAGGGCAAUCAAGAUUUCAAGGUAAAAACUUUGUUAAAUAUUGCUAAAAAUAUUCGAAAAGAGCGACUUGGUGAUGGCACUCAUUUUCUUGAAUUAGAAACAAGACUUCAGGAUAAUGGAACAUUUAUGAGGAAUAAAUAUGUUAGAGAUCUGCUUCAAGAGCUAAUUUUAUUUACCAACAUGAAAAUCUCAGAACGUGUUUCCAAAAGAUAUCAGAAAUUUAUGCCCUAUCGUUGUCACCAAGCUCCUUCAAUUGAUGUUGUUAAGUUGUGGAAUGAGAGCCAUACUGAUAUGGGUGAUAUAUUGUGUCGUCUUCAAAGUCUCGAGGCAGUGCCAGGCACGGGGUCUUAUUGUUCAGUUUUCAAUUUUGGCAGGGAAUUUAGUUACAGACAUGUUUUACCGUUUCAAAGAUGUGUCUGGGAGACACUGAAAGAACAUAUAAACAAAAAUCAAUGGAAUGAAGUUGGACAUAUUUUGGGAAUGGAUGAAAUUCAUCCAUGGCAAUUACUUGCCUUAGAAGACUGGAUAAAUGUACAGACAUUAGCGGAAUAUAGAUGUUUAAACCAAAAACACGACCCCCUUUUGCACUAUGCGUUACGCAGAGAUCAUUAUAUGACCUUCACAAGUCCACUGAGACUAUACAUUGAUUUGGUUGCUCAUAGAUUACUCGAUGAUCUGUUGUCAUCCGACAAAAAAGAUUGUUCUUACAAUACCCUAGAAAUCGAACAGAUAUGUAAUGAAAUGAACGAUAUUUUGCUUCGUAGAAAGAAGUUUUAUAGCGGAUGUCAAGUUCUUCUUUGUGGACACGAGCUUUACAUGCAACCUCAGCUUUUCAAUGGAUUUGUCCACGAUGUCUCAAACAUUGAUAUUUCUUUGUGUUAUCCAAGCCUUCGCAAGUUUCCAGAGAUGAGCAAAAGAAUACCACUGAAUUUUUUACGGACUAAAGAGAGGCCUAGUUUUCAAGAAAAUAGAAUUCAUAAGCGUGAUAUAUUGACAAUGAAAUGGCAAAGUAGACUUUAUUCGAUACAGCGCAAAUUGGAACGUAAUAAAAAUAAUGAUGGAUACCUUCGUCUAAAUCCUCAUCCAAAUAUGGUGUUUCAGCAGAAACAACAGUGGAUCAAUUUGUUAAAGUCAUAUUUCAGAGGAAAGACAAAAAAUUUAAAGAAAGAAAUUAAUCAUGAAGAUAGAAUGAAUCUCAUACGUACGAUAGAGGAAACCCAUGAGACAGUCGAAGAUGUUAGUUCCGAAGAUAGACUUGGGGUGGAUUCAAACCAAACUUGUAAAUUCAGUUUGUCUUUUAACUAUGGUCAGAUUGUGGUUGUACAGAUGGCUGGUGAACCAGAGCAUGGAAUGAUGAUGCCAAUGCCACAGCUUCUGGACUUAACAAACAAUGUAAAAUUAUGCCUACAACAUGCCAGAGAUCCUGUAAAUGUUCUGGCUGAAUUCGCAUCGAAGGCAACGAAGGAAAGCUAUGCUUCUUGUAAAGAGUACGUUAAUAUAUGGAUUCCAAUUUUAUCCAUGGAGAUAGCAACAUUGUCAGUAGAAGAUGAAUCUUUUACCAUAACUGAUCUGCCCAUUACUUUUACUUCAAAAAGAAAGGGUUCUUUUUUUCUUAGUAACUCCUUUUGUGAACAAAGGGACAUUAGUUUCACAGUACAUUCAACAGAUCUGCUCGGAUAUUCUGAUUUGGAAGAAGUCGAAGUUGAUUCAGAAGUCAAGCCAUUUUACAUAUCAGGAUCAGAUUACCUUUGCAUAAGGUGUGAGAUAGGCUUAGGACCAAGAUCGAAAUUCCUUAAUGGGUCAGUUUCACCACAAAAUCGAUUUUGGGUUGCACAUGCAAAGAUAGACGACGUUCGGAAAGAAGAAGCAGCCGAAGGAAAAAUAAAAGUCAAUUUUAUUUGUCACAAAAAAUCCCCUGCUAUUCCUAAAGAUUUACGUGGGCAACAAAAGAUCUGCCACGUUGAAAUUAUACCAAAAAUUGAAGUUCACAGGCGAACAGAUAUGUAUUUGAAAAAUCUAAAAAGAGCACCAGAUCUUGCUAAAGCAAUUGCAGAAAGAAGCAGCAUUCCAAAGCUUGAUCAAGAACAUGUCUGUGCUGGAAGAAGUCUCUGCAGAAAUGCUGAUUAUCAUCUAGGCAUCAGAUUAAAUGAUAACCAAAGAAAGGCUAUACAGAAAGCGGUUACUUCUUCGUUCACCUUAAUUCAAGGACCACCUGGGACAGGAAAAACAUACACUGGGGUUGCCCUUAUCAACAUAUUUUGUUCUAUCAACCACCAGUUGCGGGAAAAUGGAGGAAAUAGGAGAAUCGUUCUGUUUUGUGGCCCCUCAAACAAAUCUGUGGAUCUUGUCACAAGAUAUUUGAAAGAAAAUGAUUUCUCUAGAAAGUUUAAAGUUCUUCGAAUGUAUGGAAGAGCAUUAGAAUGUGCUGAAUUCCCGAUUCCUGGCAAGGUGUUCUCAAAGAGACGGGUCAAUAAAGAAAGUUUUCCUGAUGAAAAUCUCAGAAACGAAACUUUACACCAUAUUAUCCGUGAAGAAGGCAAAACAUAUGCUGAGGAAAUAAAACAGUAUGAUGAAAAAUUUAAAACUAAUCCCAAGAAAAUUAAUUUCGGAGAAAUCAAAAAAUACAAAAAAUGUAUCGGAAAAGCAAUACAAGAGGAACUCCCCAAAUAUGAUGUCAUUCUUUGUACAGCGUCCGUAGCAACUAGUGCAUCAUUACUAGCUCCUGCAAAAGGGACUAUCUUUCAAGUCCUUAUAGACGAAGCCGGGAUGUGCACAGAGCCAGAAUGCAUGGCCGUAAUAGUGGCAACAAGGGCCAAACAAGUGGUCCUAAUCGGAGAUCAUAAACAGUUACAACCUGUUGUUAUAUGUGAAGAAGCAGCAGAACUUGGACUGCAGAAAUCAUUAUUUGAAAGAUAUGCAGAGAUGAAGAGUUCCCACCUUACAUUUCUGAACCUUCAAUACAGAAUGAAUCCAUGUUUAUGCGAAUUUCCAUCCAAAACCUUUUAUGAUGGCAAACUGGAGACAAAAGAAUCAGAAAAAUGGAUGACAAGGACUCCAUUAAGGUUAUGGAAAAAUCCUCAAUACCCGUAUGUUUUUUGUCACACAGAAGGCGAAGAAGAGUACUUAACGUAUACCACAGAAGAAGGAAAUGAAAUGGCCAGAUACAACUCCAAUGAAAUAGAGCGUGUGGCAGCCAUAUUUUCUUAUCUGGUUAAAACGGAGAAAAUUAACUGGGAAAGUAUUAAUAUAAUGUCGCAGUACAAUGCACAGUGUCAUCAAAUACGACUGGCAUUGAAAAAGAAAAAGUUUGAAUUCUACAAUGUCAAUACAGUUGUAGCAAGUCAAGGUGGUGAGUGGGAUUACGUCAUAUUUAGUUUAGUUAGGUCACUUCCGGAGUACAGAAUUGAACCUGAACCAACACUUGGAUGGUGUAAAGAAAAUUUGGGAUUCAUAACCGAUGUUCACCAGAUCAAUGUUGCUUUAACAAGAGCACGUAAAGGUCUUAUUUUAAUAGGAAAUCAGAAUCUAAUGUCAUGUGAAAAAUCAGUUUUGAACCCUAUGUUGACUCACUUCAGAAGAAAUAACUGUAUCGUUAAUACGAUGGAUUUUCUUCCAAAACAUGGCGCUAAAGUGAAGACUUGAGUGUAAUGGUUAUUAUAAACGAAACAUUUU